CAGAGAGAGAGAGCACAGAGACCUCAGUCAGAGAGAGAGCACAGAGACCUCAGUCAGAGAGAGAGAGAGCAGAGGCCUCAGUCAGUAAGAAAAAUCACAGAGCCACCAGUCAGAAAAGGACAAAACAAAAAGUGAAAUAGAGAGAGAGUCUGGCAAUUCCCUGCAAAUAUAUCACCUCCUAAACGUCAGACGGGGCCACCAUCUAAACCAAGAUCUGAACUGAACUUCUGUGUAGAGUGACCGCACAGAGAGAGAGCGUUGAGUGGCAGAGACAGUCACCCUGUGUUGCAGUUAGAUAAGAGAUCCUAGAAGUGGGUUGCAUGUGACUGGGGGCAGCCAUGAAUUGCUGCUAUUGAAGAGAGAAGUCGGAGGAUGAGACGGCUGGAAAGAAUAACAUAGGAGAGCUCUGGUGUCCCGGGAGAAGGAUGAGAGCGCACAGAGUGACAUCAAACAUGGCCGCUGGGUGCCCCUCGGCACUGCCGAUGCUCUUCUUCUUUGUGCCGCUUCUGCUAUGGCUGGUGGAUCCCACAUUGGGGUAUAAGCCAGUUAUCAUGGUCCAUGGACUUUUUGACAGUUCUGCGAGCUUCAAGCAACUGGUUCAGUUCAUCAACGAGUCUCAUCCAGGUACUAAUAUUUCAGUUCUAGACCUGUUUGACCACAAAGCGAGUUUACAGCCCCUCUGGAAGCAGGUGAUGGGCUUCCGGGAGGCCAUCUAUCCUAUCAUGCAGAAUGCUGGCAGCGAAGGAGUGCAUCUUCUCUGCUAUUCCCAAGGAGGAUUAAUCUGUCGGGGUCUCUUGGAGACCAUUCCAGAUCACAACGUGAACACAUUCAUUUCCUUGUCUUCUCCUCAGAUGGGACAGUAUGGAGACACGGAUUAUCUUCGCUAUCUGUUCCCGACCUAUGUGAAAUCCAAUUUGUACAGAUUCUGCUACACACAGUACGGACAGACAUACUCCAUCUGCAAUUUCUGGAAUGAUCCUCAUCAUCAUGAUAUGUAUAUGAACGUCAGUGAUUUCCUGGCACCUAUAAAUUCCGAAAGACCGGAACCGAACACUACAGAAUGGAGGCAAAACUUCCUACGUCUCAGAAAACUGGUUCUCAUAGGAGGCCCUAGCGAUGGCGUCAUCACUCCCUGGGAGUCCAGCCACUUUGCAUUCUUUGAUGAAAAUGAGACGGUGGUGGAGAUGCAAGAACAGCAGGUUUACCAGACUGAUACAUUUGGUCUCCGCACUCUGGAUAAAAGAGGAGGGGUCUCGGUCUACUCCAUCCCAGGAGUGGUUCACACAAUGUGGCACUCCAACAUGACGGUCUAUAAGGAGUGCAUCGAAAAGUGGCUCACGUAACGUCUCAGCGGUCUACGCCAGCCCAUCACACAUCUGCCAUGUACCUCCUCGAGGCCUCCUCUCUGCUGCAGUUUGACUUGGACCUUCUUGCACCUCAGUAUUGAGCUUUCCAGUCCCGUCUCUUGUGCUGUGGUCAGCUGCAAUCCUUUCUUGUCCUUUUUUUGAGAACCCAUAUGCCUUUCAACCAGCCCUUCACCUACAGGUCACAUGACUGAAUUUCAUGACUCAAGUGCAGUGCGCCUUGCUCUACAUUACCAGGACGGGGGGUCUCGUUUGCAUUAUCUAACAAUCAUUGGGCUAUCUAGGGUACUUUCUAACCCCCAAGACUUUUUCUGAAGGUAGAUAAUGUUCUGUUUAUAACCUUUUAUAGGAAACUGAAUUUUUGGAAGUGUUUUGCACUGUGGGAGGAGGGGGUGGUCGUUGCCGUUAUACAAGUGGCAAUUACCUAUUACUAAACAGGGAUCCUCUACCUCCACACCUCAAUCAUCUGCUGUCGAACAACGGGCUUAUAUUGGGUGCUUUUUAAAGUUCCUUCAGGCAACAAUUAUGAAUGCUCUCGCUCACCCCUUGUAAUCCUAAAGGUACCUUUUGACAGAAAUGAUCAUGUGAAAUGGACCUUUCCAACUCUGACUGUAUACAUGAGCUAAGAUCGUGAUAAUUGGACAUUGAGUCAAUAGGACCCUAUGGAAGACAAGGAUGGCACGCGGAGAUGUCUGCUAAUAUCUGGUUGCGUAAAGCGCUCACGGACAUGAAGUAAAAGAUUGAAAGUCUACUUAUUAAAGGCCUCCACCGCUGAAAACUGCUCAUUCAAUUUGGAGUGAGCAAAGCUGGGAUAAAAUUCCACCCGGCUUCUAUCUCUUGCAGACUCAAGUGUUUACGAUUUCUCUGCAGUAACUAAUGUCUUCACCCCGUACCACAUGGUCACCCCACUUAUUAACAAGAGCGAGUCCCAAGGGUUUCAAUGCAACAACAAGGUAAUCUGACUCAUGUCCUAUGGAUUUAGUACACAACAAAACACUGCUUUGACGUGUGCCGAAAAAAAGUGCAAUUUUUUAUUUUUGCGCAGUGUGUUCCGACACGCUGAAAUGCAUUGCAGUGUGCUGCAGGACAUAGAAUAUAAAAAAAAAGAAGAAGAAACAUAAACAAUCGCUGCAUUGUUGUGUAGAUCAGUGUGCAUUCACA